UCAAACUUGAGAGAAAAGGGAGUUAUUUCGAGAAAAAUCAUUUGAACUCAUUCUCCGAAAAAAAAGAAUUGGUCGCAAACAAUAACUAUUCUUUCGCAUAAGCUGAGCGAACAAUCAAAGUUUUUUCGGAGCUGAAAAAUGGAUAAAAUGAAAUUCCAAAGAGAUGCAACGAAAGUAUCAGACAUUUCUGAGCCAGAAAAAAUGGAUUCUAAGAGCUCAACUUCUUUGAAAGCUCUUUGGUUCCAGACAACAAGUCACAUGCUAUCAGUCAUAUUACCCAAUCUUCUUACGGGUUCUUGGAUUCUAAAUGUAGUUUGGAGUUUGAUUUAUUUUUUCUUUGUGGGUGUAUUGAUUUUCCAAACAACCGAAACUCUUAAGGACUAUUUUUCACACCCAGUCACAGUUGUAAUAAGUUUGGAAACUUCCAAUGAUGAGGUAAUAUUCCCUACUGUCACUAUCUGCAACAACAACAUCUUACGUAAGUCUUACGUAAGACGUAUUUCAUACCUGCAAGAUCUCGCAUUCCUCGAUGACCUUAUUCAGGCAGCAAUUGACGCUGAGUACGAAUUCUUUGAAAUUGAUCAAGACAUAUGUGGUACGGGACUUUUUGAGUGCAGGAACCGAAAAUGCAUCCCAAACGCAUGGGUGUGCAAUGAAAGAUCCGAAUGUCACGACGGCUCGGACGAAUCUCCGAACGUCGAUUGCAGGAAGUUUCCGAAACGAGACACGAACCAAACGUGCACGACUGGAUAUGUUUUGUGUCCGAAAGAAACAACAUGUGCAGAAAAAUGUAACGGAGUGAACGAAUGUGUUAUGGAGCGCGGGUACGACGAAUCGGAAGCUCUAGGGUGCCCAGAGUCGUGCAUUCGAUCCUUGGAGGCCACCGAAACGAUCCAAGAACUCUCUUCAAAGAAGUUCCCAGAUUCAUAUGUGAACAAUUUAGAAUGUAUAUACACUAUCAACGCUGAUAUAGGCAAUGUGAUUGAAAUUGAACUAAAAAACUUUACGGUUGAAUUCCAAAUUUAUUGCAGUUUUGACUACAUGAAGAUCCGAAACGGCGACGAGCGAUCAAAUUCGUGGUUCAAGCUGAACGGAGACACGAAAAUGUGCGGAAAAAUUGAUGAUAGAAAUACUGUUUUGAUCUCGAACUCAAAUACAGUUAUAAUUUACUUCAACACUGAUUCAAUGGACGUAGAAACCGGUUGGCUAUUGACAUAUAAAGCUUCGAAUGCGAGUAAUAUCUCAAAACGAUCACUAAGUGAAAACUCAAACGAAGAAAUCUCGGAAGAGAGCCACGAAACUUCAACGAAUGACUUGAAAGGCGGAGCUUCUUUUGAUGGUAUAAAUUAUCAUGACUGGUACAUGGCCUACAUGACAUCUGUAAUGCCUGAUUACUCCGAUUUCAGAGCAUUAGUUCAAUUCAAGCAAGCUGCAAUCAUCGGAAACGGACAUCAAGCGCAGGACUUUAUAGUGCAAUGCGGUUUUGACGACCAAUAUUGUAGCGCCGAAAACUUUAGGACACAUCAGACUUCUGAUUUUGGAAACUGUUUUAGUUUUAACUCCGUGGAAAGAAAACAAAACGAGAUUCCAUUAAGGACUAACAACACUGGAACCAAAUUUGGUCUAAAGCUUUCGGUCUUUUUGGACAAUGAGGAGUAUUUAGGGAUAUCUGGACAAUCGUUGGGGGCGACUUUAUUCAUUUCAAAUCCUUACGAAAAGCCCCCAAUGGAUACCGAACCUAUUCACUUAGCACCCGGACAGAAAACAACUGUUUCAUUGAGCCAAGAAAUCGUCACCCGACGGACGCAACCGUUCUCGGAUUGUUCGCCAUCUUGGCCGGAUACUCUGAAACUGAGCAAAAAUUACAGAUCCAUUGAUUACUCGGUCGAACAUUGUCUGUACGUCUGUCUGCAAAACCAGAUCGCAUUGACAUGCAACUGUUCGUUUUUAACCGAUACGGCCUACAGCGAUGAUUUGGAAAUCAGGAAAAAAGCGGCUCUGCAUUGCGACGCUUGGAAAACUCCUCAAAAAUUGUGCGUUGAUUCAGUUAGCACUGCUUUUCAAGCAACGCGGGAUUUGUGUAAGUGCACACAACAUUGUCGGAGACGAAACUUACUCGUUGAUACUUCGUCAUCCGAUUGGCCCUCGGCAGCUUACGCUCCUUAUUUAGCAACUAUGUUGCAAAAGUUUCCCUCAAUUGUCGUGAAAGAAUUUGUCAGAAGAACCAUCGCUCAGUCGAAUGGAAUCUCCAGCGACUUGAAGUCUAUAAUGCAAGAGAACUUUGCGAGAGUUGAGAUCUAUUUCAAGAGUCUGGAUUUUUUGAAAAUUGAGGAGACGCCAAUGUACAACACGGCCAUGCUAUUCGGUACCUUGGGUGGAAAUUUGGGACUGUGGCUCGGUUGGAGCAUCAUGACUCUUUUUGAACUGUUUCAAUGGGUGUACGUUUGUAUCAAGGUUGCUUUCGUUCGAAAGUAAAUCGAAAUCUUGAAAAACUACGAAUUUCUAAGUCUCAAAAAUGUUUUAAAAAACCGCACUGUUAUGUCAAUUUGAAAGCGAAAUGCUUAGUUUUACCGUUUAUAUUGCAUGA